UAAAAAACAUGUGCUUUCCCAGAAUAAAGAUUACUUUAAAAAGAUCAACGCGAUUCAUAUGAUUAAGAGUUCUUUGAACUCAGUACAUUGAAUUAAGGCUGUCAACUUCGAUUUUCAACAUCAAUUAAGCAAUAACCUUGCGGAUCUGUUACAAUAUUCUGUGAUUGAUAAGAGCAAAAGCCAUUAAACAACCAGCUGCAGAACAUUUCGCGCCAAUCAAAAUACAUAGUACAAUGUAAACAAUCACAGUGAAUAUUUCAAUAGCAAAGAGCGAAGUCGUAGCUGCAGUAAAAUAAUUAUUUCAUCUUAUCUGGAAACAGCUCUUAAAAGUGAAGUGACGGCGUAAUUAAAAUUGUGUUUAUGGUUUAGAUUUGUUUAAACUCUUUUCCUACCGCAGUAAAAACCAAACCCUGCAUCAGCAUCGUCAAAAAUGUUGGAGCUGGAUAAAAUUUUGGAAAAAUGCGGCGAUUGUCAUCGCUUGCAGGCGAUUAUGUUGCUGCUAUUUUGCAUCAUCAAUUUGCUAUCGGCGCUGCAUUACUACUCACAAACAAUCAUAAGCUUCGUGCCGAAAUAUUGGUGAGUUCAAAUGUAUUCCAACCCAAUGGAUUCAACAGAUCCCGUAGCUUCACUUGAACAGUCGGACUCAUCAUGCCAUCCACAUCGGUUGGCAGCUGAGGAUGAUGAUUUGGCGCCAACGAAUUUUUCAGCAGUGUGCCAGCACUUUGACUAUGAAUUGUAUAUGGGUUAUCAGAGCUUCACUAGCGAACUGAAUUGGAUUUGUGAUCGCGCGUGGCAAGCAACGCUGGGACAGUCGAUGUUUUUCGUUGGCUCAGUGGUGGGCAGCCUGCUCUUUGGUUUUCUGGCAGACAGUUUGGGUCGCCUACCCAUCUUGAUUGUUGCAAAUAUUGUGGCCAUGGUUGGAAAUUCUCUGACGGUAUUUGGCACAACGCUGCCAACAUUUUCGCUAUUUCGCUUCUUAUCUGGCAUGGCGACAGAUAGCAACUUUGUUAUGAUGUAUAUUUUGGUAAUGGAGUAUUUGCGUCCGUCUCUGCGCACAAUCGGUCUCAGCAUCUGCAUCGGGUUUUUCUAUUGUCUCGGCUCAAUGGCUGCGCCGUGGAUUGCUGUACUGUUGCAUAGUUGGCGCGGCUUCCUACUCGCCACCUCAGUACCCUUUGCCAUUGUGCCGCUCUUCUACUUCAUUGUGCCCGAGAGUGUGCAAUGGCUGAUCUCCAAGCAAAAAUACGACAAAGCUGUUAAAUGUCUAAAGCGUGUAGCGAAGAUCAACGGGCGUGCGGUGGAAGAGUCUGUCUAUACGGAAUUCAUAGAUGAAUGCAAACGCAGUCAAUUGCAUACGAAAUCUGGACCAAAUCUCUUCGGGCUAUUUGCAACACCACGCUUGCGGCGUAACACGCUCAUUUUGUUUUUCAAAUCCAUGGUCAUCACUUUGUGCUACGAUGCGGUGUCGCGUAAUGUCCAAGGUCUCGGCAUAUCGCCAUUUGUCAUGUUCACUUUGAGCGCCACAGCCAUAUUGCCAGCUUGCAUACUGUUGAUCGUGUUGCAAGAUCGUAUCGGCCGCAAAGCGAUGGCUUCCAUGUCACUGCUGCUAAGUGGAAUUUUUAUAUCGGUCACUGGAGCGAUACUCUUCUGCACGGAACGUAGUGGCGGUGAGAAAGAUGUUAUACUGGUAGUGGUUUUGUCGGUCAUAGGUCGAUUUGGUGUCACCGUCGCCUACAAUUCGGGCGCUCAAUAUGCCACUGAGCUGAUACCGACUUGUGUGCGCGGCCAAGGUGUGGCAGUGGUGCACGUCAUGGGCUAUGCGUUUACCUUCUUCAGCUCAUAUAUUUUGUAUACUCGGUCCCUCUUCCAACCAAUGCCGGAGAUAAUAUUGGGUAUACUUUCACUUUUGGGCGCUGGAUUGUGUCUGCUCUUGCCGGAGACACUGAAUAGAACUCUACCCACUUCUUUGGAGGAUGGCGAAAACUUUGGAAAAAACGAACGUUGGUAUAAUUUUAGCUUUCUGGAGAAACGCACACAAUCGGUUGAUGUUUUGGCUGCAAAUGCGGGGUCACAAAAUAUACGCGAAAAUUCGACGGGCUAUUUUUAGAAGAGAAAAUAAAAUUUUCAUUAGUUUUUAAGUGUUAAAUUAAUAUUAAGUGUUAAUGAAAUUUAUUAGUAAACUGCAUUAACAAUAA